CCAGAAGAACUUUGACUCCGGCACCGUUGAGUGGGCGGGGUACGGCAAGACGUAAACACAUACUUAAGGAGGAAAUUGGAACGGCGGAGUGGGUGACACAUCACACGUGGGACGAAACCUUAGAUGGAUGCGGCAAGAAUUUAUAACUGACAUUUCAUAGUUCAGAAAAAAAUAGCUAUAUAUAUUAUAUGUAAAUAUAAAACACAAAGAGCUGGGAUCCAGUUGCAAGUUGCUCCCUGUCAACAUCGACCGUUUCAUCGAUAAGAUCUAAACUUAAAAGCAGCUGGAGGAAUUUAAAGGUUUUGUUUCAGGAUUCAGAGUCAUCACAUUCUCUUGUGGUCUUAAAAUGGAUGUAUUUGAUGUUUACAUCCACGUUUUUUACUGUCAUUUGCAGAGCUACAAUGGUAGAAUAAGUUUGUGCUGCGGCAGAGCUCGCAGGUAGCCGUCACCUUAAAUAACGUCUACAGCGCGGAAACAGGUGCAAGAGUUUAUCUUUAGAAAGGAACCACUGGCAAACCGCAAAACUUGUUUCACUUUCCCCAGACGCCGUCGGCGUCCACUUUACCAUUCGUGCACUACAAGAAGCAAAGUAUGCUACAACUUCAUGGCGGCCCCGUUUUGGCCACACACAUGUAAUCACUCCAUUUAACCAAAGUAUGACACAUACAUUACUGAUGGAGCUGCGUGCCUCGCAAGCGACAGUUCAUGUCACCCGACAGUCUCUUCUAAUCAGAUAUAGACAAUUGCUAAAUGCACGUUCAGUUAUUCUAUAAUAACGCAGGUUUCCUUUUCUGUCAGUUUGUGCUAAUUUAAAAAUAAUUUGAUCGGAACUGACUGCAGCUUUAACGUCCUCAUGUUUUCCUCUUCAGAUUCGUACUUUCAUCAGUGGGAACAGGCCUCUACAGGAUCAUGUACAGUAGACAAAGGGGAAACUAAAGGCAUUCAGGCCCACUCCUCUAUACUAAUUAUAUUAUUCAUGCAUACCUGUGUGGAAUGUGACGGGUCGAUAUCGGUCUGACUCUAAUUAAAGAGGCAUUGUCUAACACUUGGAUGCUCCCUCUUUAGUGGUCUGACUGUCUGGUGUCUUUAGAAAUUGACAUCUAUAAAAAGAGGAGAUACCACUGUACGAUUUAGGGGCUAAAAUCUGUCUGCGAAAUUUUUGUGUGCGUCACCAAAGUACUGGCGGGUUACACCCACACACACUGUUAGAUUGCCCCCUUAAAGCUGUUACUUUCCCCGAGGGGCUGAAUGCGAGAACGUAAAUGGCCGCAAAUGUUGUUCCGGACAUUUUCCGUAGUGUUUCCGGUGAGCCCAUGAAGAAAAAAAAUCUCCAGAGGAGUCACGGCAGGCGAGUGGGCGCUCUACGCGGGCGCCACCCCUCGCCUGGAUGCUGCGGAAAAGUUUUCGUCUCGGCGUAAAUGCGUCUGACUCCGACAAUCUCCUGCUGCGUUCGUAUGUCGUAUGUGAACGGCAAACGGCGACCAAUGUCCUGGAAAAUGUCCGGGACAUGCAGUAGGUAAAUGAUCUGUGUUUAUAUAGCACGUUUUCUAGUCUUAUUGACCACUCAAAGUGCUUUACAGCACAAUUCACAUUCACCCACAUUCAUACAGCACUUUUUAUGUCACGUUCAUACGUCAGAGGCAAGUUUGGGGUCAAGUGACUUGCCCAAGGACACAACGACCUGCAGACUAGGGGAAGCUGGAAUGAAUCCCCUGACCUUCGGGUUGGCGGACGACCGACUCUACCUCGUGAGCCACAGCCAUUCUCACUAUAUUUGGAGCAUUUCCUUCAAUAUAAUACUGAAAGUAAUGGAUAAAAACUCUUUCUGGAGAUCUGCGUAUUGACGAGACUCAUCCCAAAGAUUUUCCAGAACCACCUGGAUCCUUCCUGUUAGUGUCGACUCACUCUCUACAACUGUUUAAGUCUCUGGCCUUAGUCACUCCAAUGGCCUGAAUGUCAAAUGUACCACCAAACUGUUUUCGGGGAGAGGGGGGGGGGGCACACAGCUGACCUUCUACUGAUCCACCACGACUUUCAGAUGUGGCGGCCUUCACCCGGAAGCCUCGACCAGCGCUCGUACUCUGACCAAACGCACGUGGGCCCAACUCGGUCCCGACAUCAGAACGGUAGAAAUGAAAAUCCUGCAUGGAUAAUUUUUAUAAAGUCGAGAACAGCAAUUAAAAUCCCUCAUUCAUGACGCGGGCUGUGCUCGUCACGAGCCCGCUGGAAGUUCUACUUUUACAUUGUUUUGGUUUGGACCUAUGAAUAGUCGAAGCUGAGUGAAUCACUGAGAAGCUGCCGGAUGGCUGCGCCGGCUUUCUCCUGGAUGAAUGAGCACACUGGUUCCCUUCACUUGGUCGCUGCUGCUCUUGGCUCCUGCGGAGGGUCCUCUGUGACACCAAGUUGUCCCCCCCCACCCUCCCACCUCCUUCAUGCCCUCCUCUCCUUCCUCUCCUCCUGGGUUGGUGGGUGAAAUCAGUGAGCAUUAAGUGGGCGUGAGCAUGUGAGUGAGUGUGUGUGUGUGUGUGUGUGUGUGUGUGUGUGUGUUGGGCGCAUGCGGACUGAGGCCCAAAGGGGAAAGCCUUCCACACAGAUCUAAGCCAGCUGCCCUGCUGCUAAUACUUCACUGCAAGAAGAGUGGAAAAGACGGAGGGGAAGCCGCAUGCAUCCCCUCCACCAGUGUGCUCGGAGUACACUGGCGACGCAGCUGCCGUCUCAACGAACGGCAGACGAGCAGCUACAAAUAGUGGAUUUAGACAUUUGCCCUUCUUGGAGACCUUGUGCUUCAGUUUCCCGGGACUCAAAGGGGCAACUUGCGGCCCUGAGAGAGAAAGGGUCUGGGGGUGGGGGCUGUUCAUGCGAACUGACCUCUGGGGUUAAGCGGUAUCGUCUUGUGUGAAGCCCUGUGGAGGAGGGGGGGAGAGUUACGGGCAACAGUUAGUGGGAGGUGGGAGGCCACGGCGAGGGCUCCUGCACGGCUCGAGGGAGGAGACGAAGCAGUCGCCGGGGUAGCCGGGGAGGAAAGAGACGAGGAGGAGGAGAUGGCCACGGGGGGAAUCACGACGCUCCCCUCCACACCUGACGACGGCGGCAGCGGCAGCUUUUCUCCUGGGGGCUUCAAGGACCCCAAGAGGCUGUACUGCAAAAACGGGGGCUUCUUCUUGAGGAUCAAGUCGGACGGGGGAGUGGACGGAAUCCGGGAGAAGAGCGACCCCCACAUAAAACUUCAACUCCAGGCGACCUCAGUGGGGGAGGUGGUCAUCAAAGGAGUCUGUGCCAACCGCUAUCUGGCGAUGAACAGAGACGGACGACUGUUCGGAGCGAGACGGGCGACGGACGAAUGCCACUUCCUGGAGCGGCUCGAGAGCAACAACUACAACACCUAUCGCUCCAGGAAGUACCCCAACAUGUACGUGGCGCUGAAGCGCACGGGCCAGUACAAGUCCGGCAGCAAAACCAGCCCGGGGCAGAAGGCCAUUCUCUUCCUGCCGAUGUCCACCAAGUGCUAGUCUGGGGACUGUGAUCCGGGAGAUAUUCAAGGUCGGCAAACAAAAAAAAAAUUGAUGAAGAUGUGAUGGCAGCGAAGAGCGUUGCCCCCGAAAAACAGCUGUGACCCCUUUUUCCAACUGUUCCGACCUUAUACGGUUAUUUAUUACGUGCUGAUCUCAAGCUUUUGUCUACUCUCAUUCAGCUUUGCUUUCAAACGGGCUGCACACAUUCAUUCGCACCAGGCUCCGUUUCGCGGCGACACCAACAACCACCAGCGCAACUGGAGCCAAGUGCCUUGCUCAUGGGCACCUCAACAGCACGAGGUUUUCUUGUUUUCUUGACAGAAGCUGCUGAGGAAUCACAGCAGCAACCUUCUCAGAAAGCAGGAAAAUAAAAAAAAAAAGAGGUCUCCAACACGAGGCCGCUCAGAAACUCGGCUUUUGAUCUUGUUACACAAAUUUUUAUUCGACAAAACCUAAACACAGCAAACAAACAAACAAAACAAACAUCUACACUAGUCAGUAUUUCCACUCGCUAAACUUUAUUGUUGUAGGUUUUCUUGGGCUUGUCUUUAUUUCCUGCUAAAAUUGUCAUCCCCCUUUUUGUCCUGCAACAUGCCCUGACGGAGCAUAAUGUAUAUAAAUGUUGUGACGGAUGAUGGUGAUUCAACGAGAGGCAGGUUCCUUGGACAAAAACAUGGUUUGUCCUUUUUUUUUUUUUUUUUUUAAAACAGUGAUAUCACAUUAACUAAUUUCUAAUGUAUUAAUCAAUUUACAUAAUUAACUAGUCAACGAGCUAUAAAUGAGGUAAACUCAGCAUUGAUUGUGGCAGUAUUAAUUCAUUCCGGGUCAAAAAGACAGAGAGUCAGCUGCCCACAGCCAGCGUUUCCAAACGGCCGUGCGCUUUCCAACAUGGCCGCCAUCGAGUGUUAAAUGAACCGUCUGAGACUCUGCGGUCGCCGAGGUGCCACCGGGGUGAACGCACAAAGAGAACGUGCGUUAGUUCACGACCUAUUGCACCAUUGUGUUGGGUGUGUGUGAAUCACUCCAGUCAUAAAUACGCUUUAAAUAUUGAAUAAUACUGACGACCGCGUGUCCGCACGCGGCCCCAGCUGCGAUAAAUAAUAACGCCCAUCAGUUUGACGAUGGCGCGUCAGCACUGUGCAGUGUUGGGCCGAGCUGCCUGUGGUAGAGCUGGUAGAACCUCCCCGAGUAGACGGCGGGCAGCUCCUCCAUGGCGAGGUCGAUGUGCUCGAAGCCGCGCUCGAGGCCGCGGAGCAGGAGCGCGGCCACGCGAGACGUGAUGGGCGUGGUGUCGGCGGUCCGGGCGAGCUCGCCGAGCGGCAGCCACUCGCAGCGCAGACACUCCUGCGUGCAGAAGUCGAUGUCGUAGGUGAGCGGGCGGAGCCGGCAGAUGACGUACAUGUCCGACAUGCCGAAGGCGCCGGGGUGGUCGUGCUGCUGCCGGAUGCUGAGCAGCGACCGGAACUCGGAGCGCACGCCGGUUUCCUCGAACACUUCGCGUACAGCAGUGGCACCUGAGAAACAUCAGAUCACACACACGUAUAUACAUUAGAGAUGGGCGAUAUGGCCCAUAAAUAAUAUCGCGAUAUAUUUGAAAUCGGAAUUUAACAAUUCAAACCCUUUGAUGCAUACAAUCACACCAGUGUGAUGAUUCUAGUCGUCCCUGCAACUUAUGUCUGUAUUAAAACAUUCUUUAAUCUAAAUAUUAUAUAUUCAUUAAUGGUUUCUAUUGGGACAAUUUUAAGGUUGCAUGCAAAAGGCGGGAAAUCACAAACAAGUUAAAUUUAACAAAACAGUUUGUAUAUUAUUCAAACCAUGCAGAAAGACCAAGCAAGUGUUAUGCCAUAACAACAUUUUACGUGACAAUUUGUAUUUGAGGGAUUUGCGAUAUCGUCAUUUAAUACAUCUAAUGUACAACAAGCAUACAUGGAAUAUAUUAUAUAUAUAUCACCGUACAAAUCUGGCGUUUAGAUGUCGAGGGAAAGGGAAACUAUUUUUGUAAAGAUUUGAAAGACGCUGCUUUCUUUGUUGGAUUCAUGUACAUAAUAUUAAAGCUGCUUUUAAAUCAGUCAAAAAAAAGAAGAAAGAAGGUGGGAAUUAGGAAAGAAUCUUUGCAUAUAGAUCACGUGCCUUAUUUUGUAAAGUUCAAAUGAAUGUAUAUGUAUCAUCUUUGAAUUUAGAUAGAUGUACUGUAUUGGGUUGUGUUCAGUGUGACACUCACCGAUGUUCUCUCCUGGAUCAGACAGACCGCCGGGGAACUUCCAGGCGUUCUUCGUCUGGAAUUCCAGAGCAGAGGUUUGAACGUUAACAUCCGAGCGUGAGGGACGGCGCUGCUGUACAUGUACCUGUUAGCGUAGUACCACAGUUCUGUAAAGUAGUGUAAAGUAUCUUAAAAGUAAAAGCCGUGGUUUGUUUUUUACAUGCCAAGUCGCCUGUAGUGGAUCAUAUUUUUUAAACGGAUUGUCUUAUUUCAUUUCCUGUUUCAUACUCUGGAGUUUUUUCCCGUUUUUUUUUUUUACAUGUCUUCCGAAAACUGUUUCACCACUUACCCUUGAUAUUUAAUAACAGUGUGCUGCUGGUUAAGUUAUGAUGUCCGUUGUUGUGUUCAUAUAUAUUUUUGUAGUUACUUAAAAAGAAUUUUGUACUCUACGCUUCAUUAGACCCUACCCUCAUUUUUGCCAAUCCUCUCUCUGUGGGGAACAUGAAAUGCACUACCGCAUUUAUUUUCAUGUAUUGUCAACAAAAUGCCAUAUAUAUAUAUAUAUAUAUAUAUUUUUUGCAGUGCUGGUAGUAGGAAGAAAUAAAGAGACUUUGUGAAACUCUAA